AUGCUUAGAGAACCCAGGAGACUGCAUCAUGGCGAGGAGGCCAGGAUUCAAUACUUCAAUGGACAAGGUCGAAUGGAGUCCAUCCCCUGGCUCCUGGCUGCAGCUGGAGUCACGUUUGAAGAAAAAAUUUUGGAAACUCGGGAAGAUUUGGAAAACUUAAGAAAUGAUGGGUAUCUGAUGUUCCACCAAGUGCCAAUGGUCAAAAUUGACAGGAGGAAGCUGGCACAGAGCUACAUUGCCAACAAAUAUGACCUGUAUGGGAAAGACAUAAAAGAGAGAGCCCUGAUUGGUAUGUAUUCUGAAGGUAUGGCAGAUUUGAAUGAAAUGAUCAUGGUAUUACCACCAGGUCUACCUAAUCAAAAAGAUGCCAAGAUGACCCAGAUCAAGGAUAGAACAACAAACCGUUAUCUCCCUGCCUUUGAAAAAGGAAGAGGGCUGUUCAGUGUUGGGCACUGA